GCCCGCAGCCAUCCACCCCAUCUCGUACCCUACUCCCACGAAACCCACGAGUCCACGAGCCCACUGCCGAAUGUUACCUUGCCCGUUGAGGGCCGUCAGCCCGGAAGGAUCGUCCAGAUAGCUUGCCCCUCCAAUGGCAGCAGCCGGUGCUAUCUCGCAGAGUUUUCCACAGGGCGAAUCGAAGAGGUUCUGGACGUGAUAUACCGAGGGAUUAGCAAGAUUGGGCAGGUGGAUGCGGCCACAAACACCCCGCCUGAGAGGCCCUACGGAUUGAACGUGGCAUGGACUACUGCAUGGGAUGCCACUCGAUGACAAGAUAAAUACGACUGCAGGGCGCCACAGCCAUGGGCCUCUCUCAUCUCCCCGCGCAACCCAACCCCAAUCUCACGCGACACCUCGGCCGUGGUCUGCCUCUUCUCCCCUCGUCGCCUCCCCAAGAGACCAUACGGGCACCCGUGCAAAAUGACCAUCGACGAGGAGAAAGGGUUUCCGCCCACAGCGGCGGUGAUGACCAGCAAGGCCUUUGACGGCGAGAAGGGCUUCGACACCACAUCCGGGCCGACCUCAGAGGAGUCCCCGCAGCUGUACAACAACACCCCCGUCCGCCAGGACAAUGGCGUCCUCUCCAAGCUGCGCCGGCUCGAAGCUCGCAUGGACGAGAAACUGGGCGUCGAGAGCGAGGCCAUCGACCGCAAGCGGCCCGAGGACAAGAAGCCGUUGCCCUGGCAUGAGCAGCUCACCAUGGCUCUGCUCUGGGCCAGCGGCACCAUGAACACGUCCUGCUUCGCCACCGGGUUUCUGGGCUGGGAGUUUGGAUUGAGUCUCAAGCAAUCGAUCCCCAUUUACAUCUUGGCCUCGAUCCUGGGCGGGGCCGUGACGGGCUACUGCGCGACCUUCGGCGCGGCGACGGGCUUGAGACAGAUCUCGGUCUCGCGGUACAGCUUCGGCUGGUACCCGAACAAGAUCAUCGCCGCCCUGAACACCGUCCAACAGAUCGGCUGGGCCGCCGUGUCGUGCAUCACGGGUGGACUGGCCCUCAACGCCGUGGCCGACGGGCACGUCUCGCUCGCGGUGGGGAUCGUCAUCCUGGCCGUCGUGGCGCUCGCCAUCUCCUUUGUCGGCCUCAACGCCAUCCUGGUGUACGAGCGCUAUGCCUGGCUCAUCUUCUUCGUCAUCUUCAUGAUCAUCUUCGGCGAGACGGGCAAGUACGCCGACAACACCACGCCGUCGUCGCUGCACGGCGCCACGCUGUCCGGCACCGCGCUGUCGCUGGUCGCCAUCGUCUACGGCUCCUCGGCCUCGUGGUGCACCAUGGCGUCCGACUACUACGUGCACUACCCGGCGACGGUGUCGCGGGUCAAGGUGUUCCUGAUGACGACGUUCGGCAUCAGCAUCCCAACCUCGAUCGGCAUGGUCGCGGGCGCCGUGGUGGCGUCGGCGCUCAACAACAAGCCCAGCUGGCAGGACGCGUACGAGAACCAGGGGCUGGGCUUCCUGAUCCAGGACAUGCUGCACCCGCGCGGCUUCGCCAAGUUCCUGCUCGUGCUGCUCGUGCUGUCCGGCAUCAACACCAACGUCAUCUCCAUCUACUCGGCCGCCAUCUCGUGCCAGCAGUUCGCCCGCCCCUUUGCCCGCAUGCCGCGUUUCAUCUGGACCUUCCUGUGCUUCGCCGCCAUCCUGGGCCUCGCCCUCGGCGGCCGCGAGAAGCUCAACACCUACCUCGUCAACUUCCUCUCCCUUUUGGGCUACUGGUGCACCUCGUACUUUGUCAUCCUCUUCUCCGAGCACGUCUUCUUCCGCCGCCGCAACUUCGCAAACUACGACCUCGACGCCUGGAACGACCCCAGCAGGCUGCCCCACGGCAUCGCCGCCUUCACCGCUUUCGGCCUGGGGAUCGUCGCCUGGUGCAUGGGCAUGGUCGAGACUUGGUACACGGGCCCCUUGGGCAAGUUGAUCGGUGACUACGGUGGUGACGUGGCCAAUGAGUUUGCCUUUGUGGUUACGGCUGUGGUGUACACGCCCGCGAGGUAUCUGGAGUUGAAGUACUUUGGCCGAUAGACCAAGCGUAGUUUUCUCCGGAUCAAGUUAGAGCGCCGAACGUGCUAGCUUGUCUUUUUUCUCAAAGGAGCACACAAUUAUAUGAUAAUCAACAACAGUCAAGUCGCUGCCAUUCCCAUUAA